AUGCUGUCCCUCUCCUCCAUUCUGUGUGGGGGCCUACCACUCCUCCAACUGGCCACCGCCAAGCCCGUGACGUUCAUAAGCGCCGAGCCAACAUACACAGUGUGCAACGAGUCGCUCCUGACGUGGGCGGACGGCGAGCCGCCGUACGCAGUCAAGGCCAAGAUUGGCCCGGACAACGACCGCAAGUUCCGCACCCUGCAGCAGCACCUCAACACGACUUCCUAUCGGUUCUACUGCGACCUGCCGGCGGGUACAGACCUCGAGCUCUGGAUCCAGGAUUCUUCGGGGGAACCAGAAGCCAUCCCCGGCGACGCGUCCAUACGGCAAUUCGUCCGUGCCAACCCGGGCCACACUUGUCCGCUCUACCUCUUCCCCGGUCAAACGACGAAUGCGACAGUCUCGGAGAAGACGGUGACGCAGACGGUCCUCUCGACCGUGCUCCCUUCAAGUAGUGCGGGAAGCGACGCCGCAGCCCAGGCCACCGAGGAAAAGAGCACGAGCAACACGGGCCAGAUCGCCGGCGGCGUCGUGGGCGGCGUGCUCGGCGCGGCGAUCGUGGCCGGGCUCCUGGUCUGGAUCGGGCGGCUGAAGAAGCAAGCCAAGAACCGGCCAUACAGCGAGAUCGAGUAUGAGGACCAGACGACCACGCGGCAGGCGGGUGCGUCGCAGCCCACAAUCGCCACGGCCGGUCUGUCCGGAACUGGCGCGGCAGCCGGCGUGGUCGCUGGCUCGUCUGGUUCUUCAGCUGGAGGCUCCGCGGGCUCAGCGUCGGCAUCACAACACCCCACCCUCGUCCGCGCCGAUGCCAGCGGGGCUCCCGACCCAAGCCCAGAGAUAAAGGUGAUGCAGCUCGACGCGAUGCUCAGUCCCAACUCGCCACAGCGCACCCCGUCCGACUCGCCUUCGCCCGGAUACUUCCCCCACCCCCCUGGAUCCGGGACACCAGGAACACCCCAGAACAACAAUGGGCUCGCUGGCCUAGUGGGACUCGCACCGCCGCGGCACUAUGCCGAGAAUGAGAGCGAGUACGAGGUCGAUGCUGGGCCUGCCUUUGUCCCGCAGCCGCCGCCUAGGACGGUGCACCCGCCACAGUAUCGAGAUGUCGGCAAGAUCUAG